AUGUUUUGUGACACAUAUGGAAUAAGGCAUGUCCUAAAUGCAGUCGCCACGCCAAGGGCUAACGGUCAAUGUGAACGUUACAACAAAACAAUCGUAAGUGCUCUAUCAACAACUGCUGCAGGAAAAGAUGAGCGAGAUUGGGAUAGAUACGUAAAACAAAUACAAAGUGCAUUGAAUACGAGUUUUAACAAAGGCAUCAAUUCGACUCCUAUGGUGGCCCUGAUUGGUUACAAUUCUAAACAUGCAGCUGAGGCGACAGUUUUGAGUGCAAUUCAAAAUGAGAUAGAUAGACUUGACCUAGAGGAGGUUAGGCAUAAGAUUUCAGGACAUAUUGAGGAUGAUCAAAAAAACAAAAAGAACGUUACGAUAAAAGUCGACGCAAUGCCACCCAGUAUAACGAGGGCUAUCGAAAUAAAGUACCUGCGAAGAGUUGAAGGAGAGGAUAGGAUAGGAGACAGAAUCCGACAGUUGGGUGAUAAGAGAAUGAUUAGGAGUAGAGCCAGUCUUGAAGCUGAUUAA